UUUUAAUGCAUUAACGUCAAACCGCUUUAUACGGUUUUAAUUUUACAAUUUUCUACACGAAUAUAAUUCCGUUUUUGUUUGAAAAGCUGGUAGUGAAUUGGUGUACAUUAACGAUACCUGUUUUAAAUAAUGGCGAACACAUUCGUUCAAUUACCAUUGAUCCGUAUGGUGGAUCUGGCUAUUUCUCCAACAGAGGGCGCCGUGAAUUUUCAUUUAUUGCAAGCAUUACUUCAUGCAUUAAUACAAAAAUCUCAUGCACAAAGCGUCGCGGUAGAAAUACACGGUGCCGAAGCUGUUAAAUUGCAAGAGCAAUUAAAAGCCACUCCGGGAAAACCUUCAUAUACCAUCAAAGAGACUGUUGAUAAAAGUGCACAAGGAAAGGAUCAAGAAAUUUAUGUGCUACAGCCAGACACUGCCUAUCAAGGAACGUCUUCUGUAGCCAAGGAAAAGAUGGACUACCUGGAAGAAGAAGUAAACGAUCUAAGAAAUCAAAUCAUUGAGCUUCGAGACUUACCCGGCAAUUUGGGAAUUAUCGAUGCAGUCAAAAACUUUGAGGAGAAGUCUUCGACUGUUAUUGAUGUAUUUCACAUGUUAGCGCUACAAAAACGCAUUGAAGCCGCAGAAGAAGGCAUGGUCAAGAUAGCGUCCAUUGUUGAGGAUUUGAUUAAGUCGCCAGGAGCUCUUGCCAUGAGCACCAAACCUGUAUUAUGCAUGACUACUGGACACGACGGCGGCGAGAUGACUGACAAGGCUGACGCACAGAUGUCUGCAUGGAAAAGAGGUUCAAGGAGCGACUUUUCGAUGGAGGCAGAGCCAGAUAGUAUAUUGAGGCAACUCGCUCGAGACGUGGAAGAUAUUCAGGCUCGUCUGAAAAUGAGGAAGCGUCGAAGCGUCGAAACUAUUAGUGGAGGCUUUGGAGAGGCUGAGACCGAAGAACUAGAGCUAAACUUUAAUGAUUUCGACAUAGGCAUGUCCGAGGAAAGACUGAAAGAAGUGGCUGACCACGUGGAUCGCUUGGACUUAGCUGUGAACGAAGAAAUUACACGACUACAUAAUCAAUUCACUGAUAUCGAGAAAGAUUUCAACGAGUUGCUGAACAAAAUUGAACUUGGUGCUUCCGCACCUGAGGGAAUUGAAUCAAAUACCUGCUGUUCAGCCGUUUAUCAAAAGCUUGUGCAGCUUGAAGCAGACUUCGCUGACAUUAAUGAAACCUCAUGCAAGCUACUUGACGAUAAAGAUGGCAACACAAGGUUGCUCGAGUUUGUUGUAGAACAAAUGGAAGUGUUGAAAUCCGUAAAGGCUGACCGCGAAGAACUAGAGGAAGCGUUAGCAGACAAAGCGGAUGCAUGUGCAGUGCUACGUAAAGUUAGCCAUGAUCAAUUUGACAACGCUUGCGAGGAACUCUCAAAGGGAAUCGGCGAAGCAUUGGAAAGACUCUCGCAACAAGAGUUGUUGUGGCAGCAAGCGCUGGAUGAUAUCCAAAGCGAGAUUGGAAACAAACUCGACAAGAUGGACCUGGGACCGUUGCGCGAGUUUAUUAACAACAAAUUACGCUUGUUACAGGAUAAGAUGAAGAGCUUAGCGGCGUUGAAACGAGAGCAAGAAGCGGCCGGAACGAAGAACAAGCUCUUAAGAGAUGUUAAUUGCAUAUCGUGCGAUAAGGAAGUCGUCAUGCAAAAGGAAUUCGAUUUAUCAAUGAGACCGUUGGCGGCUAUGGUUCCCCCGCACCGCUCGAUGGCGCCAUACUUAGCCUAUGAGUUGGAUGCAUUGCGAAAACAACAGAAAUCCGUACCUGGAAAGAACAUGCACAGCUUUGAAGCGGCUAUGCGCGGUCGGGUUCAAAAAAGAACCGAUGAUCACAUUUGUAACCGAUAUUGCGGUGGCAGUCAUACGGUAACUACUCCUCAUCAACGGGUGACCAGGCUCGGUCAUUUUCUUAUGCAAUGGGGUCCUGAAGCCCAACCUGUAUUAUCAGGAGGUGGUGACAAGAAGAUUGGUAGUAGUCAACGUUUAUCUAAAUCUGAAAGAGGAUCAAUAGUAGCCAACUCUGGAACGAAGGACUCAUCCAAGAUGGAUCAAACAAAACGUGGGUCCAAGCUUGCCCAGACUAAAAUGUUCAGAGCAAUGGCCGAGGAUGUGUCCAGACGAACAACACCUGAUUCUAAAAAGAGGUUACUGGCAAAUGACUUUGCCGCAGAAAGAAAACUAUCUGGCCUGUCCCAGGGAUCUAUGCCUCAAUUAAAUAAACCCCCUCAAGCGCCCAAAUUAAAGCCAGAGGUUAAACCUAAAGAACAUGGUGGCUAUCCCAAGCCCAAGUUUCCCAUUCCUCCGGAAGAACUCAUGGAGCUUCCAGGGGCAGCGACGGUUACACCUGCAGAUGAAAAAUCACCGGACGGUCCUACACCGGAGUCCAAAGAUAAAUCUGUAGAUGGACUGAGUGAACCACCACCAGCAACACCAUGAAAAAAUACUCUUACUCAUAGACAAAUUUGUAGUGGAUGAAAUAACCGUUUAAAUGUUUGUCUCAAGAUUAGAAAACGCUUGCAACAUGUAAUAAUGUAAUAAAUUUAUUUAUUUUGGCCA